AUGAGACUGAAACUUCUGCACCUUCAGACUAGAUAUUUCCGCACUUUAACAACAUGCCAAAGUUUUAAUAAAACUGGACGCCUGCUAUUAAAGCUGGAUAAUGAAGUUGACAGAACAGCUCACAAAACAGCCAAGUCUUGGAAUUUGUAUGCUCUCAAAACUGCUUCGCCUUUUUCGACAAGUCAGUGUGUGAAAGUCAAGAAUUGGCAGUUACUCCAUGGAAAUGUAUUGUCUUUGGGAAAAAAUGUUUGCUGUCAGAGUGGAGAGGGUUUUUUUCCAUCCUGGAAACGUUUUGGUGUGGCGAUGAUGGAAAACUACAGACUCAAUACAGAGCGUAUUAAAAAGCUUUGGAAUAUAUCACCAAGAUUUUACUCUGUUGUAUCAGCUGGUAAAAUUAUUCCAAAACACAGUAACCAGCCGGUUAAGAGGCCACCAAAGGCACCAAGGACCAAGCAGCCAUCCAGAACUAACCAGCCACUACUGUCAGAUAUGGAGAAUCUGAUGCAGUGCACAGCCUUUGCAACAGCAGAUGAAUAUCAUCUUGGUAAUCUGUGUCAUGACCUGACUUCACAUGGAUAUGUUGAAAUAACAAGUUUGCCUAGAGAUGCUGCAAAUGUUUUGGUGAUUGGUACUGAGAAAUGUGCAAAGGAAGAUGAUCCUGGCAUGAUUUUUUUCUUCAGGGAAGGGGCUGUUGUGUUUUGGAAUGUGGAAGAGAAAAGUAUGAAGAAUAUCAUGCGAGUGCUAGAACAGCAUGAAAUUCAGCCAUAUGAAGUUGCACUAGUCCAUUGGGAGAAUGAAGAGAUGAACUAUAGAAUAGGAGAAGGUCAGUCAAAGCUUCACAAAGGAGAAAUCGUGUUAAAUUCUGAGCUGGAUAGUGAUGAAGUUGUUCUGCAGAAAUUUGCCUUUUCAAAUGCCCUUUGUCUUUCUGUGAAGCUGGCUAUUUGGGAAUCAUUAUUGGAUAAUUUUGUGGAAUCUAUCCAGUCAAUUCCUGAGAUACUAAAGUCACGAAGGAAGGUAAAACUGUCUCAUGCAGAUGUAAUGCAGAAAAUUGGAGAACUCUUUGCAUUAAGGUAA